AUCCUCAAUUUCAACAUGUAAUGCCUUUAAAUUGUGAUUAUGAUAAUAAGGUGACGGUAUCUUAGUUUAUCAUUAUCAUGUUGAUAUGAUAUUAACAAGAUAUCUUAGUUUAUUAUUCUCAUGUGCCUUUAAAUUGUGAACAUGAUAUCAGUUUAUUAUAUACAGCCAUAUUGGACUUUGUAAAAAAAUUAAAAAGGUGACAGUUUCUCUCUCUAACGAUGGGGAAGAGAGGACGACCGCCGAAGGCUGACAGAAAAUCAAUGGGAGAUGCCGUGGCUUCUUCGUCUGCAGGAAAGGAGCAGCAAUCGACAAUACCAUCUGCAACGACAUCUUGCACCAAGGGAUCUGACACAGAGAAAGUGACAUCUCCAGAAACUGAUCGCAAAGAGGAAUCGGUCGUGACUCCAAUCCUUCCAGAGACUGAUCCUAUACAGAACAAAGCAUUGGAGUCCGACAUAAAGCUGAGGAAAAAUUAUGUAGAAGCCGUGGGAAUUCAGGAUGAUCUCAAUCUGGAUCUAAGGUUUAUACAAGCUGAGAUGAUCGACGGACAACCAAUUGCGCGUCUAACACAAGAAGAUGUCAAUGAGCCACGUAAUUACUGGAAUUCGGCGCCCAUAUGUUGUAUUUUGGGAGCAAACCCCCCUUGGGAAGUAAUCAAAGAGUUUCUCUCGGAUUUGGUCAUUUGGAAAUCCUAUGAAAGUGAUGGCAUAUCCUUCCUUAAGGAAAGCCAAUUCAUAGUUAGAUUUUGGAAGGAGAAAGAUAGAGAUAAAAUCAUUAAACGGAAGUAUUACUUUAUGGAUAACAAGCCAGUAUUUGUCCAAAAAUGGUAUCCUGGAUGCAAAAUAGAAGCGAUGGAUCUCAAGGAUGUGCUUGUCUGUCUGGGUUCAAUUUCCUGAUUUGGAUGUGAAAUACUGGAGUCUAUCUGGACUAAGUAGGUUGGGAAGUACUAUUGGACAACCUAUCAAGAGGGAUAGAGCAACUGCAUCUCGAAGGAAAUGGGCAUACGCACGUAUUCAAAUUGAACCCUACCCUAGAACAUACUGACUUUGAUACCAUGUAAUUGAUAAUCAGAGAUACUUCAUUCUACAUAAUUACAUAAUACAAGUGACUAUAUAAUAUACAUUAGAAGGGUGCUACUAUAAGGAAACUAAAUCACCCAUAUUAAUACCCACACCAAAGCCUGACAUUUUCUCAAGACUUAACUAAAAUAAUCAUAACAAACUGAAUGGAAAAAUCUCUCCCUACCAGCCCCCUGUCUGUGUUCAUCUCUUUCCUAGGUUUCCUUUCCCUCGCCAAACUAUUUUAUCAUAGGAAAAGUAAGUGAUUCUUCUACCUGGGUAACUCAUCAUCCCAUGACAUGUAGCUUCAGUCUCAACAUAUAUCACUUCCAUCACAAGUAGAUUUAGGGGGUGUUUGUUUUUUCUGCAGGAAAAGGUCUGCGGUCUGCAGACCACUACUGUAGACAUCUGCAGGAGAAGUGGUGGACCGA